AUGGAUCACAGCGAGCCACAACACCAUUUUUUCGCAUCCUUUGAGGAUGGCACUAUUGACCCCAGAGUAUUAACACUCCCAACCGUCUCGGAGGACCUCAAUAUCGAGGACGAACAAGAUACAAGUGCGAGCUCAUCCAACGGGUUUGAGGAUAUUGCCUUCGACAACUGUAAUCCAGGAAGCAUCAGUGGAUGUGACCUCGAAUAUCAGUCUUUGCUCGCUGAAUCUCCUAACCUACAGAAUCAUGAGAUACUAGAUCCGAGCAGCAUCUUUAUGCACCAAGAAGCGGGUAUGUUUCUCAAUGAUUACUCAGGUUUCUUCACUUGCAACGAUGUUCUUCCUCUGUCCCACAGGGGAUAUCCUUAUUCAAUGGGUUCAAUGCCUGUCCCAAUUUUCUAUGAUCAGGCUCCACGGACAACUCAGAUAAUUAGUCCGCCUGGGCGCCCAUUGCUGCCAAAACCAAUUGGCAUACCCAGCCCAGAAACACCCUUGCAACGGAGUGAGAAGGACGGUACAAGGGAACCAAAGAGACGUAAAAGAAAGGACCCUAAAGACCUCAAGAAAAAUCAAAGAAAGGAAUAUAAACCGGAGGGAUGUCCUAUGCCUAUGUGUUCUAAGCGCUUUGCGUAUGAGAGGGACUUAGACCGCCACAUGGUAACGACUCACCGAGCGGAGGCUGCAAGAACGGGGCGGGACGUUUCCAAACGCCCAUGUCCAGAAUGUGGGACGGAGUUUGAUAAUAUUCGUUAUGAUCGUUUAGUUAAGCACAUGAAAUUGAAGCACCCUAAUUAUCGUUUGUAG